AUGGUGAUAUUCUCAACAUGUAGUUCAGCUGACCUCUGUGAUGUCCGCUCUAAUGACCUUCUCUUCAGUAUCGAUGGGCAUUCUUUGGUCACUGACGAUGGCAGCCUCACUAGUCAGACGAUAUGGCGUAGUAACUCAGGUCUAGAAGAGCUUUUGAGGGUUAUGGAUCGUCUCUAUCUUAAAGGCCGGUCCGUUCAACUUGUCGUAAUGCGGCCGUUAAAAAAGAGUGCUCAAGAGGAAACAGGUAUUUUUACUUGA